CAUUUUAUGUUGUCAACUUGUCAGGCUGUUGUCAAUUUUUUUCAGAAUUUGUCAUAACAAAAUAAGGUUUUAAACAUAAUUAAAUUCACAAAUUUUGAUACAAUAAACUCUAUAAAGCAACUUUAAGUUGAUGGUAGUGUAAAAACAAUGGAAAAAGUCGAAGACAUGACACAUUCCUAUGCCUUGGCCCCUCUGAGUGAUCAAUACAUGGUUCAAGUAGAAGAUAUGGAAGAUGAACACGAUCAAUUAACGGCCGAAAACACAGAUGAUUCCAACCAUGAUGGUGACAAAUGCGGUGUUCCACUCCGGGAACAAGAUAGGUUUUUGCCUAUCGCUAACGUUGCCAAAAUCAUGAAAAAAGCUAUACCUGACGCGGGCAGGAUAACUAAUAAGAUUGCUAAAGAUGCUAGAGAAUGUGUGCAAGAAUGUGUUUCCGAGUUUAUCAGCUUUAUUACCAGCGAAGCUAGUGAUCGUUGUCACAUGGAAAAGAGGAAAACUAUAAAUGGAGAGGACAUUUUAGUUGCUAUGAGUACCUUAGGGUUUGAUAACUAUGUGGAACCUUUAAAAAUAUAUUUACAAAAGUACAGAGAGGCUGCAAAGAGCGACAAAAACCUGAGUGUAGACGUAAUGUAUGAGGAUGUCCAAGAAGAAGCCUUCAGUUCUGCGGGAAACAACAUAUUAAGUGCAGAGAACGGAGGAACAGAAACAGUGUUGUACACCUACCAGGACAAUGGCAUACAACAGUUCCAGCUAGGAUAGAAGUUAUUUGGUUGUUUUAGUUUUAGACAGAAAUGUUAAUAAUAUUUCUAAAUUAGUUUAAGAAGUUAAGUUUUUCUUUUUCUCAUAUGGCCUUUUGUAUUAUGAUACACAGCUGCAUUUGAUAUAAUUUUUGUUUCCGUCUAUGACAGUAAUUUUGAAGGAUAUAUUUUAAUAUCACUGUAUUGGUUGAGUAAAACUGUCAUCAAUUUUUAUAUAGGUUUCCACUGAGACAUGAAGUUAUUGUUAAUAUUUGGAGAUCAUUUUCAUUGGUCAAAUCUCCACAUUAACUUCUUCUUCAAGUGCCAUCUCGGCGACAGAGGUCGGCAAUCAUCAUAGCUAUUCAGAUUUUAGAGACGGCUGCUCUGAAAAGUUCAUUUGAUGUACGUACAUCCAUAUCAUUCUCUCAGGUUGUACAGCCACGAUAUUCUGCGUCUCCCUAUGCUUCUUUUUCCUUGAAUCUUUCCCUACAUAAUCAAUUUUAGCAAGUUGUAUCUCUCUCCAUUUGUAAUAUGCCCAAGAUAUUCCAAUUUUCUGAUAGUUCAAACACUUAUACAAAAACAAUAAUAAAGCAAUUUUAUAAAUGUAAGGUUAGAUUGCUCUGGUUAUCACCGUAGACCGCCUAGAUGGCGCUAUUUUUUUGCUUCCUCAAAUGUAAUGGGAAAUGUCAAGAGUUGUAUGUAUUACAUUAUGUAGUAUUUGGAUAUAUUAAUAUUAUGUGACACCAGGGACGUAUCUUGCCAUUCCUGCGCCCUUGGCGAAAUUCAAUGGUACCGCCCCCUUAAGUUUUGAAGCUGUUUCAUAUUCAAUUGAUAAGAUUGCCAGCUUGCUCAUGCGUGUUUGGCCAGUUCUCGACCGUAAAUAGUUCUUAAUAAGUUUAAGUUUACUAAAUGUCCUUUCACAGGAUGCAACGCUAACGGGCAUUGUAAGGUAAAUUCUGUAAGCAAUUUCAAUAUUUGAGUAAGCAUCUCUCAGCUGGUACUUAUGAAUUCCCUGCAAAAUUUCUAAGUGGAAUGCCGAGCCCAACUGUUCAAACAGCUCGUUCAUAUGGAAUUUGAAACUUCCAAUUUCUCUUACUAUUUCAACAGCGUCCACGUCUCUGCUGUAUUUUAGGCCAGAAUCUUUUGCACAGUUUUCCAAAUCAGAGUCUGUUGUUUUUUGCAGUGAUGAAGCUGAUAAGAAUCCAAAAUCCUUUGAAACUUUUGUGUAGGCCUCUGAUCUUUUACUCGUUUCGGUUAUUAAUUUGUCAUAAACCAAAAAACAUUCUCGUUGGAAUUCUUGUCUUUGAGGUAUGAGGCAGCUUUCAUCAUCCAUGGUCAUUUCUAAUGAUAAGGCUUUAACUCUCUUAGUUAGUGUAUUUGGAAAUGAACUCUCAAUGCCAAUUUCAUCACAUGUUGAUACAGCUUUGGAAAUUAUAUCAUCCACAUCAUCAUCACGCCGUUUCUUAAUCUUCUUCUACAGGCCAUUCAACAGUUUUGAUGCAAUGUCAAGAGACGUGUCUUUAGCUUGUAAUGACUUGUUUGUACCGGGUGUCCCAAUAAGAAUGGCUCUCGGCCAUAUCUCAGGAACCGUUUAUACUACAGCUUUGGGAAAAAAAAAUUAUAACAAAAGUUGCCCGAGAAAAUCCUGGAAAUUAUUUUCGUAAUUGUAAGUCCACCGCUAGAGGGCGUAAUUGAAUAUCAAAAAUUAAAAAAUCGAAAUUUUACAAAAUUUGCCUAAUGAAUGGGCACUGGAAAUCCAAUCAUCGUAUUCUUCAUACAAUUCUGUGCAUAUUUUAUUUCACAAGUUUAAGUCUACCUGUGCAAAUAAGAGGUGGGGGUGAGUGGGAACCUUGUUAUGAAAAAAUCGCUGUAAGUCCGGUUCUGCUUAAUCGAUUUUUAUAAACUUGGUCUUGUUGAAAACAGCUCUUUUUCGUCAAUGUAAUAGUUAUAAUUUGGAAACAGCCUAUUACGUAAUAUGCCGGCUAGAAGGCGCUAUUUAUUAUUUUUUAGAAAUCUACUUUUCUUUGGAAAAUAUUAAAUACAAGUAUGUAUGUUUUUCCCUGUAUUACAAAAUUAGACUAAAUUAGCAACAGAAUACCGAAAACCGCAUGUCGAUACCUUUUUUCUAUCUCGAGAUAUCUUAAGAAACGUGUAAAUUUUAAAAAUAACUGUUGCUGUCAUAUAAGUGGAAAUAUAUAGAAGGACGUAGUGUGCUAUGAAAAAAAAACAAAGGAACAUUGUCCAGAUGUCACCGUAUAUAAUGAAUCAAAACAACAAUAAGACAAAUAACACUAUAAAAUAUAACAAAAAAAGAGUGUACUUUGUACGCGAGUAAGAAGUUAUACUUCUACUAUUAUGAUUUUAACGAAAUAAUUAUAUUUUAAACAGUUUAAUUUUAUUUUUGUUUAAAUAUUACACUAAUUUUAAUACUUAAAAUAAUACCAAAAAAAUAGCGUUAAUGUGUAAAUUUUUAUGAAUUGUUGCCUCCGCGCAUUUGCUUUUCUCUCGAUGAAUCGUAGAAAAUAUAAAAACGUCAGAUUUUCUACACAAAUUUUUAAUUUUUAUUUCAUUAUAUUUUAAUAGCAAUUAUCCUAUUCCCAACUAAGAUAAAUACAUAACUGUUAUUGUCACCGGUACACUAAGUUAAGCAAGUCAAAGUGGAAACAAGUAGUGUGCUAUGGAAAAAAUAGAACUAUUAGAAGUAUUAACUUCAAAAAGUCAUCAUGUGUCAAAUCAGUAAAACAUAAAAAAUUGUUCAUUGAUGGUUUGUUGCGGAUUGUUUCUAUUAAAAUUUAUAUAAAAUUUAUACAGAGUGAAAUUCAAGAUGAUUCUUACAAACUAAGAAGCAUUUGACAUGAUAGCCACAUUCUUUGAAUGCAUAAGAAAUGCAACUGUUGCGGCUAGAAUAUAUGCAAUGAAAUAUCCCCAAAGACGUCACCCCAGUAGUAGAGUUUUUCAUAUUUUGUUUUGAUUUAUUAUAUACGGUGACAUCUGGAAAAUGUUUCUUUGUUUUUUUUAAAGUUAUGUUUAAAAUUUACACAUUUCUUAAGAUAUCUCGAGAUAGAAAAAAGGUAUAGACAUGAGGUUUUCGGUAUUCUGUUGCUAAUUUGGUCUAAUUUUGUAAUACAGGAAAAAAAUACAUACUUGUAUUUAAUAUUUUCCAAAGAAAACUAGAUUUCUAAAAAGAAAAUGAAUAGCGCCUCCUAACCGGCAUAUUACGUAAUAGGCUGUUUCCAAAUUAUAAUUAUUACAUUGACGAAAAAGAGCUGUUUUCAACAAGACCAAGUUUGCAAAAAUCGAUUAAGCAGAACCGGACUUACAGCGAUUUUUUCAUAACGACGUUCCCACUCACCCCCACCUCUUAUUUGCACAGGUAGACUUAAACUUGUGAAAAAAAAUAUGCGCAGAAUUUUAUGAAGAAUACGAUAAUCGGAUUUCCAGUGUCCUUUCAUUAGGCAAAUUUUGUAAAAUUUCGAUUUUUUAAUUUUUGAUAUUUAAUUACGCCCUCUAGCGGUGGACUUACAAUUAUGUAAAUAAUUUCUAUGCUUUUCUCGAGGCAAAUUUUGUUAUAAAUUUCUUUUUCCCAAAGCUGUACUAUAAACGGUUCCUGAGAUAUGGCCGAGCGCCAUUCUUAUUGGGACACCCGGUACAAUCAAUUGAUAUUAAUAUUUCAGACCACAAAUAUAGCAGGCAGAUAAAUUUAAAAUCAAUGUUUUUGAUUAUGCUUGAAGCCCCAAAAACAGUUUCAUUAUUCCAUUCAUGAUUGUUGGUCAUCUCCUUUAGAGCAGUGUAUAAUCCCUUAAUGUUUUUCUCAAUAGAAGUGAUGGCUUGUCUUUUUGAAGACCAUCGUGUGUAACUGUGUACCUUCAGAGAGCUACUCAAAUACUUGUUAAAACAUUCCCAUCGUAUCGCUGAACAACUGGCCAAACAGAAUAUACUCUGUACAAUACCAAAAAAAGUGAUCAUGAUUGGGGAUACUUCUGCUGCAUUAACACCAACCAAAUUCAAGCUGUGCGCGGCACAUGGCACAAAUCUAGCUAAGUCAUUGAUGUUGUCAAUGUGAGCUUGUACGCUGUUGUAAAUUCCUGUCAUGUUCGAUCCGUUAUCUAAGCCUUGACCACGACAAUCAUUUACGUCCAAUCCAUCUUCUUUCAAUUUUGUUAGAAUUUCAUUUGAGAUUCCUUCACCAGUUUUCUUGUGGCUAACAAUAAAAUCAACAAAACUCUACACGAUUUGAGCCUGACCACUAGAGAAAUCAAUGUAUCUUAUGACUUGACUCGUUUGUUCGGAAUGCGAAACGUCCGGAGUACCUACAGUCAAAGAUAGCACAAAUAGAGUACAAAUACAAUAGCGACUUCUUCUAAAUAUCUCACAAAUAUUUCGAGCAAGAGAACUAUCAGUCGCAAGUCUACGUCUUUUUUCUUCAUAACCUGAACUGAACUUGACGUUGUGUGCAGCUCCGCUUCGCUGCUCGCGCACGAUCAGUUCUAUCUUCUGCCGCUCGACGCACUGCGCUUCUUGUGCCACCUGUAUUACGCUGCCGUAUUAAUAUUAGCUUGCAACGCUGCAAACCAUCCAGUUAACAAAGCUUAAAAUCCUUUAUAUAUUACAAUUAUUUUUAUAAUGUUACUGACACCGUACCGGUAUUUAUGUAUUCUCUUAUCUUUUUUAAUUUUGCUAGAAUACGGCAUCAUAUUUUUCAUCGAAAGUAGGAAAAAUGCUUAGUUUAUAAAAUUAAAAUCUUGGAUUUCCUAAAAGUGUUUCUUCCGCUAAUUUUGCGGCCCCUCACUCUUGCGCCCUUGGCGGGCGCCUCUUUCGCCAACCCCUAAAUACGUCCCUGUGUGACACAUGACAGAUGCUCGAAACAAAUGACUGUGAAUGAAAAGCCCUAUUCUGUUUGUUUAUCUUAUUGAAAUAACACCUAAUCAUCUUGACAUUGACAGCUGUCACGAUUGUCUCAACAGAGUGUACCCUGAAAAGAGUAGUUUUCAAAUAUUUAACAAUAGGUUUGUUCUAGCAAACAGUCAGAAACCGUCAGCAAACAGUUGGUCAGUGAGAGAACAUAAUACAGUCACCAGUGCUAUCCCCUCUACUCGCGCUGGUCGACUAUUCGCUGAUGGUUUCAAACCGUUUGAAGCUGAUGCUAGAACAAACCUAUAUUAUUCGUGUGAAAGAAAGACUAUGCGAAAAUAGUUAUUUUGUUGGAAUAUUAAACCAUCAUAUAAUUCUGUUCUGAAAAUAGUAAAUUGUGAUUUUUAUGUAUUCAAAUUAGUGUAGUAGUUAAAUUGUAUAUUUCUCCAUUCUUUUUAUAAAACUAUAUAGUAGUUUUAUAUAAUAAAUAUUUGCUGAAA